UCUGGUGUACGAGUCAAUCAUUAACAUAUAUGCGCUACAUUGAACUUCAACCUCCCAUAGUCCUCCUGGUUUAAACACUUCAUUGUGCUGAUCAGACACAGGAAGAGCUUCGGAGGAGAACGGAUAAAGCGAGACAAGUAGAGAAAAGACAUGACUGACAGAUCAUCACCAGUAAGAGUCGGAAUUGUGGGGUAUGGACAUUUAGGUCAGUUCCUGGUGGAUCGUAUACAGAAGGAAGGUCUUGAAGUUGGACUCAGUUUGGCUUUUGUUUGGAAUAGAAAUGCAGACAAACUCAGUGGCUCAGUCCCUAAUGACCUCAUACUGACAGAGCUCUCGGACUUUACACACAAAAAUGCUGACCUGAUAGUGGAGGUCUGUCAUCCACAGAUAGUGAAAGAUUUUGGAGGCCGAUUCUUAUCACACGCACACUUCCUGGUGGGCAGUCCCUCAGCUCUCUCAGAUUCUCAGCUAAAUGAGGAACUCCGACUCGCAGCAAAGCAGCAUGGACACACACUCUAUGUGCCCAGUGGUGCAUUAUGGGGCGGGCAGGACAUCCAGAGACUGAACGACAGUGGAGUAUUAAAGGCCCUCUCCAUUCGCAUGUCAAAACACCCCUCCUGUUUCCGGCUGGCUGGAAACCUGCUCUCUGAUUGGUCAGAAGGAGAAGGGAAGCGUGUGAUUUUUCAUGGCUCAGUAGCUGAACUCUGCCCCAUCGCCCCUAACAAUGUGAACACCAUGGCGGCCGCUGCCAUCGCCGCAUCGACCCUGGGCUUCUGUGGAGUCACUGGAGAGAUUGUGUCAGAUACAGCUCUCGCUGAUUAUCACCUUGUGGAGGUGGAGGUGACAGGGUCGGAUGGCUUCUCUGUGAAAACAGUGAGGCGAAACCCAGCCAAGCUGGGAGCAGUAACAGGCAGCGCCACCUACAGUUCAUUCUGGAGCAGCUUGCUGGUUUGCAAAGGUCAUGGAGGAAGAAUCUAUCUGUGCUGAAAAGGAAGAGGACUGCUGCAGAAUAGCACACACACACACACAAAACCUUUAACAUCAGUAACCAAAAGGAAACCUUUUGACUUUUUUAACAUAAAAUCAAUAUUAAAAUUAAAAUUUUAAAACUUUAAAAAUUAAAUAUUAAAUCUCUUUUUUUUUUUAAAUAAAAUAAAUAUUAAAAUGAAUAUUUAAAAAUAAAAGAUUUUUAAAAUAAAAGCUGCAGUUUUUUUUGUUGGGAAACAGCCAAAUAUGACCACAAAUCAAGACAGAUAGAUAUUCUUAUCCUUGUGGGGACCACCAAGAUAUAUAAACAUGCACACGCGUGCACACACACACACACACACACACACACACACACACGUAUGUAAGAAAAUGACAAAAUAUUAAAAUAAAGACAGUUGGUAGUAAUGAUAGAUAUAUAUACUUUAAUUUCUAUUCUACAGCUGACACAGAAUUUCAAAAUGGUGUGUUCGUGUUCAUUACAGUACAUAAGCUACAACCUUACAUUCAAGUUUCUAUCACAUUCAUUUUGAGUUAUGUUCCAUAUUUUUUGUUUCUGAGGAGUCAUUAUGAAAACAGA